GGGAGGUCGCCGAGCCUCCCGCGCCGCCGCCCCUUGCCUGACGCACAGAGGGGCCGGGACGCGAUUUGCCGCGAGUGACUGGAGCCGCUGCCGCCGCCACCGCCGCCCGGGCCCGCUCCGCCCUCAGUCCGCCUUCCUCCCGCCUCGCCCUCCGCCUCCGCUCGCGCCUUGCUCGCGUCCCCGCGUCCUCCCCACCGCCCCGGAACGUCGGGCAGCCAGCGCCAGCCAGGUGAGUACAUCACCCAAGAAGUUGGAAGCGCCGAUGAGGGAGUAACUCGAUACAGCUGUUUGACAGAAAGGAAAAUUUACUGGAGGAAGUUUACUGGAGUAAAAUGGAGGCCUCAGUAAUAUUACCCAUUCUGAAGAAAAAACUAGCCUUCCUUUCAGGAGGAAAGGACAGACGAAGUGGCCUCAUUCUGACAAUUCCAUUAUGCCUGGAACAGACAAAUAUGGAUGAGCUGAGUGUCACCUUAGACUACCUACUCAGCAUUCCAAGUGAAAAGUGUAAGGCUAGAGGAUUUACCGUGAUUGUGGAUGGCAGAAAAUCCCAGUGGAAUGUGGUGAAAACAGUAGUCUUAAUGCUACAGAAUGUUGUUCCAGCUGAAGUGUCCCUCGUUUGUGUAGUGAAGCCAGAUGAAUUCUGGGAUAAGAAAGUAACACAUUUUUGUUUUUGGAAGGAAAAGGAUAGACUUGGCUUUGAGGUUAUUUUAGUGUCUGCCAAUAAAUUGACUCGUUAUAUAGAACCAUGCCAGUUAACAGAAGAUUUUGGUGGGAGUCUCACCUAUGAUCAUAUGGACUGGUUAAAUAAGAGGCUGGUUUUUGAGAAGUUUACAAAGGAAUCUACAUCAUUAUUAGAUGAACUUGCUUUGAUUAACAAUGGAAGUGAUAAAGGAAAUCAGCAAGAGAAAGAAAGGUCUGUGGAUUUAAACUUUCUUCCAUCAGUUGAUCCUGAAACUGUUCUUCAGACAGGACAUGAAUUGUUAUCCGAAUUACAGCAGCGUCGAUUUAAUGGCUCAGAUGGAGGGGUCUCGUGGUCUCCUAUGGAUGAUGAACUACUAGCACAGCCACAGGUUAUGAAAUUAUUAGAUUCACUGCGAGAGCAAUAUACCCGCUACCAGGAAGUUUGUAGGCAACGUAGUAAGCGUACACAGUUAGAAGAGAUUCAACAGAAGGUGAUGCAGGUUGUGAACUGGCUUGAAGGGCCUGGAUCAGAACAGCUGAGAGCCCAGUGGGGGAUUGGAGACUCCAUUCGGGCUUCCCAAGCCCUACAGCAGAAGCAUGAAGAGAUCGAGAGCCAGCACAGUGAAUGGUUUGCAGUUUAUGUGGAACUUAAUCAGCAAAUUGCAGCACUCUUAAAUGCUGGGGAUGAGGAAGAUCUUGUGGAACUGAAGUCGCUGCAGCAACAACUUAGUGAUGUUUGUUAUCGACAGGCCAGUCAGCUGGAAUUUAGGCAGAAUCUCUUACAAGCAGCUCUUGAAUUUCAUGGUGUUGCCCAAGAUUUGUCUCAGCAGUUGGAUGGCUUAUUAGGGAUGUUGUGCGUAGAUGUAGCACCAGCUGAUGGAGCAUCGAUUCAGCAAACUUUAAAACUGCUUGAAGAGAAGCUGAAAAGUGUUGAUGUAGGAUUGCAAGGUUUGCGUGAAAAGGGUCAAGGUCUUCUGGAUCAGAUCUCCAAUCAGGCAUCCUGGGCCUAUGGAAAGGAUGUAACCAUUGAAAAUAAAGAAAAUGUGGACCACAUACAAGGAGUGAUGGAAGAUAUGCAGCUUAGGAAACAAAGAUGUGAAGACAUGGUAGAUGUGCGAAGAUUAAAGAUGCUUCAGAUGGUGCAGUUGUUUAAAUGUGAAGAAGAUGCUGCCCAGGCAGUAGAAUGGCUAAGUGAACUUCUGGAUGCUCUUCUUAAGACGCACAUCAGACUGGGUGAUGAUGCUCAGGAAACGAAAGUUCUACUGGAGAAGCAUAGAAAAUUUGUUGAUGUUGCCCAGAGCACUUAUGACUAUGGAAGACAGUUGCUACAGGCCACAGUUGUGCUGUGCCAGUCUUUGCGCUGCACCUCUCGAUCAUCUGGGGAUACACUUCCUCGACUGAACAGAGUAUGGAAACAAUUUACAAUAGCAUCUGAAGAGAGGGUACAUAGGCUGGAAAUGGCUAUUGCGUUUCACUCAAAUGCUGAAAAGAUUUUGCAAGACUGUCCAGAAGAGCCUGAAGCUAUUAAUGAUGAGGAGCAAUUUGAUGAAAUUGAAGCAGUUGGGAAAUCGCUUUUAGAUAGACUAACUGUUCCUGUGGUUUAUCCUGAUGGAACUGAACAAUAUUUUGGGAGUCCAAGUGACAUGGCUUCUACUGCAGAACACAUCAGAGACAGGAUGAAACUAGUUAGUCUCAAAAGGCAGCAGCUGAGACAUCCCGAAAUGAUGACUACAGAGAGCUAAUAGCUGCCUUCUUCCCACAGAUCUGCAGUUCAUAAUCCCGCAUGUCGUUGGCAUACUGCAGCAUCGGCUACAAUAUGUUAAGAUGCAUUUCACAGCCAGGAUAAGCCUCAUUUCUUUCCAUUACACGUUUCUCUCCAUGUGUUAACAUCUUGUAACUACCAAGGCAGAAUUAUUUAACAUGCUUUGAGACCAUAGACUCCAAGUAUCUUAAAAGAAGGAAAUGUAAACAUUGCACUGAAAACUUGCUUUAAAGCUUUACCUGACCUGUCAGUUUGUAGAUGAAUAACUGAUAAUAAGCUUUGAAUGGUGCUAAUAAGAGUUUAGGAAUUCUCUCUAUAAAAAAUGGUUGCCCUUCCUCCCCAAGUGAUGUAGUAAAUUUAGACUAUAGUUAAACUGUUAUUAGUAGACAGUGGUGUCCUCAAAAUUUUACUUUGUAAUUCUCCUUCAAAAUUGAUUAUUUUUAUUGUGUCAGUAUGAAGAAAACCUUCAGAUUUUUGAUAUAUCAUAUUCAUUAAAAAACAUUUUCCUAUUUGUAUUGAUAAUGUAUAAAAGUUGUUUGUGCUUAAUAAAAGGCUUCUUUUAAACAUCUUAUUUAAUUUGGUGGUUAUAUCUAUUUCCAAACAUGAGUGCCUUAUUUAAAAGGGCAUUCUUAGCAUUGUGAGGAUGGUUUAGUAUUUGUUUUUUCAUGUUGGUUGCAUGUAUUUUAGCCAGGAAAUUUAUAUGUAAGCAUGUGUAUAUAAUAAAUAAGCAUGUUUUAUCAUGAAAAAUUAUUGUGAAGAACAAUUUAGAUCUUUAAGAACUUAUGAAUAAUGGAAUACUAUUUCUCAUUUUUCUCUUCUUCAACUUGAAAAAUGUUAUCCAAAUUAUUAACUACCCUGAAGAUAUUUUGUUUCUGGGGGAGGAGGGCUGGGGAAGAAGGCCUACAUAGUUACUUAAGUGUAAUCCUUUAUAUCAGAGUAAUCUUUCAGGAACUAAAAUAGCAAUUGUUAAUAAAAUUAAAUUUCUCAAGAUAGACUAGAAGCAAGAUUCUGAAGUGGUAUAAUAAAAAUUGUACAACUCUUUUAGAAAUAAAAUUUAUAAAAUGUUAGUGCUUUUAAGUUUAUAUUAAGUUUAAAUGGUAAAAACAUAAUUUUUUGUUAAUUUUUAUUUCAGAAAAUGUUUUUGAGAAAGAUUAAAAACAAUUUGUAGUCUGUGAUCAAUACAAAAUUAUGCAAAGAAUUGUAUGCUGGUUCCUUUCAUUGUCUACAGAAAUGCUCGUGUAUCUUCUAAUGCAAAAAGCUCCCUCUGAGCCUGCUGGUUUCUCCAGCCUUCUUCACUGCCAGACUUCUUGGAGAAAUCCAUAUCCAUUGACCCUGCACCCUCAUCACUCACUGCUCAGCACCUUGCAGUCUGGUUUUACACAGACCAGCAAUGCAGUGGUUCUCAAUGGGCUCCCAGUUACCAAACUGAAUGACUUUUUUUUCUCAGUCUGCAUCCCUUAUCCUUCUUUGCCUCUGCAGCAUUUAUACCAUUGAGCAACCUUUCCUAGACAGUGUCUUCUCCCUUGAAGAUGUUAUCCUCUGCUGUAACUGAGUCCAGUCACAUAAGUCUUACUUAAAAUGCAUCUACUAAAAUGUGCUCUCUCUGAUUCUGUCUUCAGGAUGCUUCUGGAAGUAUCUCAUCCUUAGGGUUUCUAUUUUAUCCCAGUGUCCUGGGUUACAUAUCUGGUCCAAAAUUCUAAGCCUGUACUUUCAGCUACCUAGUUGACAUUCCAACCUAGUUGAAGUUAUUUAUCAUAUUUUCCACCUUUCGCCUCUUGGAGUAAUUUUGGUAAAAGAUGCAGCCUUUUUUUUAAGAGACAUGCCAGAAAAUCUGGGGCCACAUUCAGCUGUUCCCUCUCAUGCUGCCACUGCUCUGAGAACAUCCAGGAAGGUUUUUCUAUAUUCGAUAAUCCUCAGUCUUUUAGGGCUUAACUUUUGUGAGUGUAAAUGUUUGUGAUUCUUCAUUUCAGUCUUCAUGAUGGUGCUAACCACGUGCUAUAGUUGUUUAUGUCUGUACCUGCUACAUUAUAAGCUCUUUUGAGGGAAGGAAUCUUUUGGGCCUGACUUCUCCUGUUCCCAGCCUUUUGCUCAUGCAUAAUAGUUUCUCAGUUCCCCUGUAUGUGAAUGGUCUGUUGUAGGCAUUAGUAAUAAUCCCUCUUGUAUUGUAGUCUGAAGUAUGUUUUAAACAGAUUUCCUAAAGUUAGGACUGACUUAUGAGUGAAUCUGUUCAUCAGGAAGUCAUUUGGUAUUUUAAAUACUGGCUAAUUUAGAUACUUAGUUGUAUUCAAUAUCUAUUUCUCUUACUGAAUUUCACAGAAUUCGAAUGUUUUUAUUAAGACUUUGCCAGAAAGGAAUUUGACUGUAAGUAAAGAGACUCUUUAGUUCUACCAUCAACCCACCUACUGAUUGUCAAAUGAGUUAAUUUUAUAUGCCUUAAGCUAUCCUGUCUACAGCAAGAGUGAAAUAAGGCACAUCUGGAAAUAUUUGUAAUUUGAGUAGUUCAAAUGAAGAUGAAUAUGUUUUUAUCACAUAAUAAAUAUUGUUGCUUUUCAUUUGUAACUGUGCUGCUUUCUAUUUGUAUAUCCGUAUACACAUAGACAGUUACGAAUGAAAACCCAACAGUGCCCUAAUGUGAUUUUUUU